AUGCUCCUUGGAUCAUCUGUUGCCUUCAAGGUGGAUGGAUCAUCCAAUGUUGCAGCUACACCCCCAAGAGAAUUGGAGCUUCCAUCCCAGGAGUCCAAGGAUCGAAAGACAUCCGAUGAGUCUUGUCCUGCAGUUUUGGAUACAGAGGAAUCAAUAUCGGAAUUCAUAGCUCAAGUUGCAAGUCUCGUAAAGCUUGUUGACUCGAGAGACAUUGUUGAGCUGCAGCUCAAACAGCUUGACUUUGAAGUCAUAAUUCGUAAAAAGGAAGCCUUGCCUCAACCUCCGGUACCUGCUCCAGUCCCUAUGAUGCAAGCAGCCCCUCCUCCAGUUGCUCCAGCGGCUCCUGCCUCUUCGUCUGCCCCAUCAUCUCCUCCAGCAACUUUCCCUGCACCAUCUUCACCUAAUGCUAAGUCAGCCAAAACAUCGCUGCCCCCUCUUAAAUGUCCUAUGGCAGGGACAUUCUAUCGAAGUCCGGCACCUGGUGAACCGCCAUUAGUGAAGGUUGGGGACAAAAUACAGAAGGGACAAGUCUUGUGUAUCAUUGAGGCCAUGAAAUUGAUGAACGAGAUAGAAGCUGAUCAAUCUGGAACCGUAGUUGAGAUCCUCGUGGAGGAUGGGAAGCCUGUUAGUGUCGACACGCCACUGUUUGCCAUCCAACCCUAG